AUGAUCUUGGGAAGUAUGCAUGUGCUGGCAUUCACAGCAGCGCCAUCCCUCUCGCUGGUGUCUCUGGCACAGACCGGGGAGGGCAUCAAGGAGUGCGAGUUGGUCCAGUGGUUUGUGUCGGAGGGUGACACCAUCGAGGCCUUUGACCGGCUGUGCGAGAUCCAGUCUGACAAGGCGACGCUGGAGAUCACCAGCUCCCUGUCGGGCAAGGUCGUGAAGCUGCACUUUGAGGCAGGGGCCAUGGUCCAGGUGGGCGAAAACCUGGUGAGCAUCGAGACCGACGAGGAGGCUGGGGAUGGCGACUCGGACGCAGGUCCCGCGCCCUCUGCGGCGUCGCCCGCAGCGCACUCGAGCCCUGAGGACCCUGCGCCGCCCUCUGCCACCCCCUCCCGCGUGCUCACCAGCCCGGCCGUCAGGCACCUGGCGCGUCAGCACUCGCUGGACCUGGCCCAGGUGCGCGCCUCCGGCCCCGGCGGCCGCCUGACCAAGGCCGACGUGCAGGCCCAUCUGGAUAGCCUCUCCGCCGCCGCCACCUCCACCGUGGCGGCCGACGUGGCGGCUGCGGUGCCCACCACCGAGGCGGCGGCGGUGCGCCAGGCCGUGCCCGAGCAGCGCGGCACGGGCGGCGACGCCGCAGCAGGCAGGAUCCCCGCCGCUGGAGCCGGCACAACCGCCGGUGCAGGAGGCGGCACCACGACCGUGCCGCUGCGCGGCUUCCGCAAGGCCAUGGUGAAGAGCAUGGCGGCGGCGGGGGCGGUGCCCCACUUCCAUUUCUGCGAAGAGGUGCAGAUGGAUGCGCUGGUUGCCCUCCGUGCCCUGCUCCGCACUGAGGCCGUGCUGGGGGGCGCCAAGCUCACGUAUAUGCCGUUCUUCAUCAAGGCAUGCUGGGAGUUGGGGGCGGCGGCGCUGGCGCUUGAGCAGUUCCCCCUGGUCAAUUCCAGCCUGUCCCCCGACCAGGCCUCCAUCCUGCAGCACGGCGCCAAGAAUAUUGGCAUUGCGGUGGCCACCGCCCACGGCCUGGCCGUUCCCAACAUCAAGAAUGUCGAGAGCAAGUCCAUCGUGGAAAUUGCGGCCGAGCUGGCCCGUCUGCAGGCCGCCGCGGCCGCCAACCAGCUGCGGCCCGAGGACAUCAGGGGCGGCACGUUCACGCUGUCCAACAUCGGCACGGUGGGUGGCACCUACGCCACCCCCUUGGUGAACCCGCCCGAGGUGGCCAUCAUGGCUCUGGGCAAGAUGCAAAGCGUGCCGCGCUUUGCCCCCGACGGGCGCAGCGUGGUGCCCCAAUCCAUUCUGAACAUCUCGCUGGGGGCCGAUCACCGGGUGGUGGAUGGCGCCAUGCUGGCAGGCUUCGCCCAGGCCUGGCGGCGGUACGUUGAGAUCCCUGGCAAGCUGCUGCUGGAGAUGCGGUGA